UCAGUGAGGUUACUUGUCAUCCCCUCCCUCUUCUGCUUCCCAGACACUGAGUCUGGAAUGAAAAUUCACCUGCCUCUGAGUUGGCCACCGGUGGGGGCUGGGGUGUUACUUGGGUUCCCAGGUUGGAAGAUUAUCUCACCCAGCCCUAGCUAUAUAAGCUCAGCAGGGCCAACUCAAGAGAAUCAUUCCACAGGAGAAAACAUACAGACGAGCUUCGGGCCAACAUGAUGAUGCUGAAAGUAGAGGAGCUGGUCACAGGGAAGAAGAAUGGCAGUGGAGCCACCGGGGAGUUCCUUCCGAAGGAUUUCACAGAUGGAGAGUAUGAAGCUGCUGUUACUUUGGAGAAGCAAGAGGACCUGAAAACACUUCCAGCCCACUCCAUGCUCCUGGCGGAGCAACAGUGGAAACUUGAGAAACAACGAGAGGCAGAGCUCAAGAAGAAAAAACUAGAACAAAGAUCAAAGCUUGAAAAUUUAGAAGACCUUGAAACUAUCAUUCAACUGAAGAAGAAGAAAAAAUACAGGAAAAGUAAAGUUCCAGUGGUGAAGGAACCUGAACCCGAAAUCAUUACAGAACCUGUGGAUGGGCCUCGGUUUCUGAAGGCUGCCCUGGAGAAUAAACUGCCAGUAAUAGAAAAAUUCUUGUCAGACAAGAACAAUCCAGAUGUCUGUGAUGAGUAUAAACGGACAGCUCUUCAUAGAGCGUGCCUGGAAGGGCAUUUGGCAAUUGUGGAGAAGUUAAUGGAAGCUGGAGCCCAGAUCGAAUUCCGUGAUAUGCUUGAAUCCACCGCCAUUCACUGGGCAAGCCGUGGAGGAAAUCUGGAUGUCUUAAAAUUGUUGCUGAAUAAAGGAGCAAAAAUCAGUGCCCGGGAUAAGUUGCUCAGCACAGCGCUGCACGUGGCGGUGAGGACUGGCCACUACGAGUGCGCGGAGCAUCUCAUCGCCUGCGAGGCGGAUCUCAACGCCAAGGACCGAGAAGGAGAUACCCCCCUGCAUGAUGCCGUGAGACUGAAUCGUUACAAGAUGAUCAGACUCCUGAUUAUGUAUGGUGCCAACCUCAACGUCAAGAACUGUGCUGGGAAGACGCCGAUGGACCUGGUGUUACACUGGCAGAAUGGAACCAAAGCGAUAUUUGACAGCCUCAAAGAGAACUCCUACAAAACCCCUCGCAUAGCUGCGUUCUAAGAGAAGCGACGACAGCCCCUUUCAUCGGCGGCUCUUCACCCGCAUUGGGAAGGCAACAGCCCCGAAGAAGAGCAACUAGUUAUAAAACCCAACCUCUCUUUAUCAACCUGUUGUCAAGCUGCACCUAAUGAAGUUUUGAGAAAGCACGGGGAUAUAGGUAUUGAAAUUCCCCUUAGUGAAACUCACUCUAUUUAUUUGUAUUUAUUCCUGUUUAUUUAUUUAUUUUUAAGUGUACUUCGAUGCCACCGAUACUCAGAUCCUUUAUGGUCAUCCAUUGGGUGAGCAAAGCUUGGUUCAUAUAUAACACUUCAGAGCCUUCCUGUAGAUAGUUAAACCGUGUUCAUGAGCAGUGCUCUCAGUACCUACAUAUGUAUCACCUCACGCAUGUGGGCUAUUUCAAGGGUGUUUUUAGAAGACAAAGGUGAUGAUUGCAGCCCCUCUUUUGAUUCCUGAAGUCUGAGGCAAUGGAAGGCAUGCAGUGACAGAAAAAGAAACAGUAGAAUGAAAGAGAUUCUAUGAGAAGGACAGGACGACCAGCAUUUUUUCCUGGGCCUCUGGUAUUUCUUACCAAGUCGCACACUGCACCAAGGGGAAGGGAAUGUCACGAGUGUACGUGGAGCGUGGUGGACAGAGUGGGCAACUGGGCCGUGCAGAACGGAAUUUGCUCAAAAAAGAUGAAAGCAACUGCCAAUUGUAAAUGUGUAAAUGUAUAGUAUGUCAUAUGUAUAUUUUAUAUUCAUAAUAAAAGCAAACAGAUUCUAAACCUC